CAAAAAAAAAAACCCCAAAAAAAAAAAAAAUCAAAGCGUCUUUGAGGGAAAAAACAAAAUAAAUCCCGACGCCACCGAGAUGCAGCGGGGCUGAAAUAAAUGAGAUUCUUCUUAAUUUUCCUGCUCCAGUGAGGAAUCCUCUGCGCCCCGAGCCGGCUUUUCCUCCUCCUCCUCGGAGCCCUGGAGUCUCGCAGUCCCGCUCCUCUCCCCGCGUCGGCCUCGGAUCUGCUGCAGCCGCCCCCGGAGCCCCGGUCAGCUCCCACCAGCCAGCUGGAGAGGGGCCGUCACGUGGCCUCGGGGUGCCAAUGUUCUGCCAUAGGGGUGUCAAGACCCUGGUAGCCGAGAAAGAUGCAGAAGGCCUCGUACUACGACAGCUCCACGCUCUUCGGGGGUUACUCCUACGCCAAUGGGUUCGGCUACGAGGGCGCCCAGCCGCCUUUCCCGGCCUCUUCCCACCUGGAGAGCGACUUCCAGAGGUCCUCCUGCUCCCUGCAGUCCCAUGGCAAAAAUAAAGAGCUCAACGGGAGCUGCAUGCGGCCGGCGUCGCCCAACGCCAACAGCAACAACGCCAACAGCAACGCCGACAGCAACGCCAACGGCGCCGCGGGCCAGGCCGGCAAAAACACCGGCGGGAAAUCCAGUCUGGGGGCCGGCGGCAGCAUCUCCAAGCAGAUCUUCCCCUGGAUGAAGGAGUCGAGGCAGAACUCCAAGCAGAAGAGCGGCUCGCCCGGCGCAGAAACCUGCGGCGGCGGCGGCGGCGGUGAGAAAAGCCCCCCGGGCUCCUCGGCCUCCAAGAGGGCGCGCACGGCCUACACCAGCGCCCAGCUGGUGGAGCUGGAGAAGGAAUUCCACUUCAACCGCUACCUGUGCCGGCCGCGGCGCGUGGAGAUGGCCAACCUGCUGAACCUCAGCGAGCGCCAGAUCAAGAUCUGGUUCCAGAACCGCAGGAUGAAGUACAAGAAGGAUCAGAAAUCCAAAGGCAUGGGCGGCUCCUCCUCGGGAGGGCCCUCCCCGGCGGGCAGCCCCCCGCAGCCCAUGCAGGCCUCGGCGGGGUUCCUCAACGCCUUGCACCCCAUGAGCGGCGCCUACGAGGCGCCGUCGCCGCCUUCCUUCGGCAAACCGCACCAGAACGCCUACGCCGUGCCCAACCCCGGCUACCAAGCGGCCCUGAAGGGUUGCCCGAGCCAGCAGAAAUUCGCCGGCGGCGGCGGCGCGGCGGCCGAGUACGAGCCGCACAUGCUGCAGGCCAACGGCGCGGCCUACGGCGCCAUGCAGGGCAGCCCAGCCUACGUCGGGGGGAACUUUGUGGAUUCGCUGCCCGCCUCGGGCCCGGCCCUUUAUGGCCUCAACCACCUGGGCCAGCAGCACCAGGCCGGCGCCAUGGACUACGGAGGGGUCCCGCCGGGCCAGCCCCACGGACGGUGCGAGAGCCACGCCGCCUGCGCGGAGCUCUCGUCGCACCACGCGACUUCUCAGGGCAGAAUCCAAGAGGCGCCCAAGCUCACCCACCUGUGAGAGGGGAAGCUGGUUGUUUUUUGUUUUUUAGGGGGGGAAAAAAAGGGCGGUUUGGGUUUCAGGGAUGGUUGUGUUGGGUUUUUUUCCGGCCCGAUGGUUUUGGGGUUUGGUGUGAGCACAAAAUCCGAGCGGUUUUGGUGGCUUUGGAAGGGAGGAACCUCUUGGGUUUUGACAGAAAAGCUUCUGAAAUGGGCUCGGGGUGGUUUUGUGGGAAUCCUGCGGGGUUUGAGCGGCCAAAUCCGUCGUUUCCAAGCCACGUUCGGAUUGUCAUGGAUAAUUCCCGGAUGCCGGGAAGGAGAAGAGUCCUCCAGCCAAGUUUUGGGGUCUCUGCCGCCAAAGAACCCCAGAGAGAUCCACCAGGAAGCUGCCCCCACUUGGAGUCCUUCUCCAGAUCCACCGGUGCUUUCCUUCCCAGCCCUCAGAGGAAGGGUUGUCCUUUUCCGCUGGAAAUGGGAGAAAUCCAAUUUCCCACCCGAAAAAGGAGAAAUCCAGUUUCCCACCCGAAAAAGGAGAAAUCCAAUUUCCCACCGGGAAAAGGAGAAAUUCGCUUU